AUGGCGCGCUCCCUCCUGCUGCUGCUGCUGCUGCUGUGGACGUGGUCCCGCUACUCGGCGUCCAUGCAAGUCCGCCAAGAGUUCCAAGUGCUGGAGGAGCAGCCCGUGGGCACCUACGUGGGCCAGAUAGAGACCAGAGCCAGCUUCACGUACCGCUUCAGCGAGAAGCACAAGCUUUUUGCCAUCAACUCCAGCACGGGGGUCAUCGCCACCUCCUCCCUGGUGGACCGGGAGCUGCUGCAGAGCGAUGUCAUCAACGUGGUGGUGCUGUCCAGCCAGCCCACCUACCCCACGGAGGUCAGGAUUGUCGUUUUGGAUAUCAACGACAAUGCGCCGGUGUUCCCGGACGCCUCCAUCGUGGUGUCCUUCAAGGAGGACGCCAGCAGCGGGCGACAAGUCAUCCUGGACACGGCCACUGACGCCGACAUCGGAAGCAACGGGGUGGACCACACCACCUACAGAAUAGUGAAGGGCAACCAGCAGAAGAAAUUCCGCUUGGAUAUUACAGUCAACCCCAGUGGAGAGGGGGCAUUCCUGCACCUGGUGUCCACAGGAGGCUUGGACAGGGAAGUGGCUCCCUUCUACCAGCUCCUGAUUGAAGUGGAAGACAAGGGAGACCCCAAAAAGUUUGGCUACCUGCAGGUGAACGUUACCAUCCAGGACAUCAAUGACAACCCGCCGGUUUUUGAGCAGGAGCAGCAUCAGACCAGCGUGCCGGAGGACGCGGCGGUGGGCUCCAGCAUCCUGCAGGUCACAGCGUCAGAUCAGGAUGAGGGGACUAAUGCCGAGGUCAGGUACUUUCUGGAUGAGGGCACGCCGUUUCAAAUCGACCCCAAAGACGGUACUAUUAUCAUCAAGCAGAGUUUGGAUUAUGAAAGUAAGAGAGAGUACUCCCUGACUAUCCACGCGGUUGACAACGGGGUGCCGUCGCUGUCGGGCAGAAGCGAGGCCACCGUCAAGCUGGUAGAUGUGAACGAUAACGACCCGGUGGUGAAGUUCAGGUAUUUCCCCACCACGUCUAAAUUUGCCUCGGUGGAUGAAAAUGCUCAAAUCGGCACCGUGGUGGCCCUGCUCACCGUGUCCGACUCUGACUCUCCCUCCGCUAACGGCAACAUUUCCGUGUCCAUCCUCGGAGGCAACGAGCAGAGACACUUUGAGGUGCACGCGUCCCCCGUGCCCAAUUUGAGUCUGAUCAAAGUGGCCAGCGUUUUAGACCGGGAGAGGAUUUCCUCGUACAAUCUGACCGUGUCGGUGUCCGACAACGGCAGGCCCGUGGCGCGCUCGUCUUUUGCUAGCCUGGUGAUAUUUGUAAAUGACAUCAACGAUCACCCGCCGAUAUUCCAGGAGGCUCUGUACAGGGUCCGUGUCAGCGAAGACGUCCCUAAGGGCAGCUACAUUAAAGGGGUUUCUGCAACAGAUGGCGACUCUGGGCAGAAUGCCAACCUGCGUUACUCGCUGGUGUCUGGAAACGCUUUGGGCUGGUUUUCCAUCAGCGAGAACAGCGGGCUGGUCACCAGCGCUGCUUUGUUGGACAGGGAGGUAGCGUCCCAAAUUGUGCUGAACAUUAGUGCCAAAGACCAGGGGCUGCAGCCCAAGAUUUCCUACACUAAACUGAUGGUCAGCAUCACUGAUGUCAAUGACCAGGUGCCCACCUUCACGCAGAGCACGUAUCACGUGUCUCUCGUGGAGCACGCUCCCGCCGGCGCCGAGCUUCUGGUGCUCUCCGCGUCAGAUGACGACCUGGGAGAGAACGGAACAAUCCGGUUCUCAUUUGACGCGGAGACGCCAGCCAGCGUCCGGGAGCUGUUCCGCCUGGAUGGCGCGUCGGGGCGAUUAAGCACGGCCGCUGAGCUAGACAGGGAGGAUCAGGCCUCCUACUUGCUCCACAUCCAGGCGGCGGACGCAGGCACGCCUCCUUUGCACUCUCUCGGAAAAGUCAACAUCACCCUAAGGGAUAUCAAUGACAACAGGCCAGUUUUUUACCCCGUGCAGUAUUUUGCUAAUGUGAAAGAGAACGAGCCCCCCGGCACUUACGCCACCACCGUAACCGCCACAGACACCGAUUUGGGUCGCAACGGCACGGUCAAAUACAUAAUCACAGCGGGGGACACGUCCGCAUUCCACAUUAACAGCAAUACGGGCAUAAUUAGCACGCAAGUGUCUCUGGACAGGGAGCUGAAAACCACUUAUCAGCUCCAGGUGACAGCGGCAGAUGGUGGCGGCUUGCGCUCGCACACCCACGCCAUUGUGACCGUAACCGUAAUAGAUACGCAGGAUAACCCCCCCAUCUUCAGCCAGAGAGUGUACAGCUUUGUCAUGUUUGAGAACGUUGGUGUCGGGACAGUAAUAGGGACCGUGUCAGCCUCCACGCUUGAUCUUAACUCUAAUAUCUCCUAUCUGAUCACGUCAGGAGACCAGAGGGGUGUUUUCACGGUAAACGCAGCAGGUCAGAUCACAGCAUGGAGUCAGGUAGACCGGGAAGAGCAGGGCUUUUAUCAUCUGAAGGUUGUGGCCAGAGCCGGGGAGAUCACAGGAGAGGCCUUUGUUAACAUCACAGUGAAGGACUUGAAUGAUAACGCUCCCCACUUCAUUCACUCCGUGGAGCACGUCAGCGCCGUGGAGAACUGGAGAACGGGUCAUGUGAUAUUCCAAGCCAAAGCCUCAGAUCCCGACGAGGGCACCAACGGCGUGGUGGUCUACAGCCUCAAGCAAAACCCCAAAGGCCUCUUUCACGUCCACGAGAAGCACGGCCUCAUCACGCUGACCGGGCCGCUGGAGGUCACCGCCACGUCGUAUGAGAUUGAGGUUUUGGCCUCAGACACGGGGGUCCCCAGGCACACCUCUGCUUUAGUCCUCAUUGUCAGCGUUUACGACGUCAACGACAACUCGCCCGUGUUCGACCAGCUCUCCUACGAGGUCGCCAUCUCCGAGUCGGAGCCCGUCAACAGCCGCUUCUUUAAAGUGGAGGCCACGGACAAAGACUCCGGUCUCAACGGGGAUAUCAUGUAUGACAUCGUCGGCGGCAACACCGGCGACAUCUUUGGUAUUUUUCCGGACGGUCAGUUGUACAUUAAAGCGGACCUGGACCGAGAGCUUCAGGAAAAAUAUAACUUAGUGGUGGUGGCCACAGACCGGGCCGUGGAGCCGCUAAGUGCCAGCGUCAACGUCAGCGUGAUCCUGGAGGACGUCAACGACAACCGCCCGCUCUUUAACAGCACCAAUUAUGUCUUUCACUAUGAGGAGGAGCAGAAGAGGGGCUCGCUGGUGGGCUUCGUUUACGCCGAGGAUAAGGACUUUGGUCCAAACAGUGACGUUAGAUACUCAUUUGAGACUCCGCAGCACAACUUUGAGCUGAACGUCAUCACGGGGGAGUUGAGGAGCACGCUGCGAUUGGACCGCGAGUCGCUCAUGAGACAAAGAGGCGCCGCCGCCUUCAGCUUCGUUGUCGUCUCGUCAGACCAGGGUCUCCCCCGGCCCCUCAGAGACCAGGCCAAAGUGCAAGUUUACAUACAAGACAUCAACGACAACUGGCCCAAGUUCACCAAAGACAUUUACCAGGCCUCCAUCUCUGAGUCCGCUCAGAACAUGACUCAACUCCUGCGCGUCUCCGCCUCUGAUGUAGAUGAGAACCAAAACGGACGGGUUGAUUAUGGCAUUGCUGAAGGCAACGAGGAAGGACAGUUCACCAUCGACAGCGGCUCUGGACAAGUCACUCUGGUGGGAAAGUUGGACUAUGAGUCAACAUCCUCCUAUUCUCUGAAAAUAAUAGCUGUUGAUGCUGGCACCGUGCCCUUGUCCUCCUCGUGCAUACUUAGCAUUAGCAUACUGGACGAGAACGACAACUCCCCGACCUUCCCCAAAUCCUCCAUGUCGGUGGACGUGCUUGAGAACAUGAGGAUAGGCGAGUUGGUGGCGUCCGUGACGGCAUCUGAUGCAGACUCGGGCCAGAACGCCGACAUAACGUACAGCAUCACCGCCACAAACAACCACGGCACGUUCAGCAUCAGCCCCAACACCGGCAGCAUCUUUCUCUUCAAAAAACUGGACUACGAAACGCAGUCCUUGUACAAGCUCAACGUCACGGCGAGGGACAGGGGCAGACCGCAGCGCUCCUCGUCUAUUCCCGUCAUCAUCCACGUGAGGGAUUUUAACGACAACCCCCCCGUAUUCACCCCCGGAGACAUUUUCAAAUCCAUCCCUGAAAAUCUUCCCAUCUCCGCGUCCGUCAUGACCGUCACGGCCCACGACACCGACGCGGACAUCAACGGGCUGCUGGAGUACUCCAUUGUCCAGCAGGUCCCCAGAGGAGGACACUUCAACAUCCACCCGACCUCUGGCCUGGUCUACACCGCCAAGGAGAUCGACAGGGAGUUCUCCAACCUCUUUGAGCUGACGGUGAAAGCCACUGACCAGGCCGUGCCCUUUGAAUCCCGACGUUUUGCCCUGAAGAACGUAACAAUAUGGGUCACUGACCUCAAUGAUAACAUUCCCACUUUUGUAUCCCAGAAUGCCCUUGUGGCCGAACCCAACAUUGUCAUCGGCUCCAUCCUGACGACGGUGCUGGCUUUUGACCCCGACGAGGGGGCAAACGGGGAAGUGGAAUACGAGCUUGUGGAAGGGGACUCGGACACCUUCAUCAUGGACCGCUACAGCGGCGACAUCCGCCUGGCCUCCCAACUGGUGCCGUCCCGCCUGGUCUACACGCUCACAGUGUCGGCCACCGACCACGGCGGCGACCGCAAGACCUCCAGGACGGACAUGACCAUCAUCCUGCCGGGCCUGGACGGUCCCGUGUUCACGCAGCCUAAAUACAUCACCAUCCUCAAAGAGGGCCAGCCGCCUGGCACCAACGUCAUCUCCUUGGACGCCUCCAGCCCGCGGGGGUCCGCCACCAGAUUGGAGUACUACAUCGUCGGGGUGCGCGGCGGCGGGAGAGCCGCGGGGCGACUUUUCACCAUCGGGCGCCACAGCGGAGUGAUCCAGACGGCCGAGGAGCUCGACAGGGAGAAGGGGUCCGAACUCUACCUGCUGGACGUCUACGCCAUCGAGACGGACGCCAGCCAGCCCAGAACGCAGCGUGCCGAGGUGGAGAUCACCCUGCAGGACGUGAAUGACAACCCGCCCAUCUUCUCCAACAACAUCCUGGACGUCAGCAUUGAGGAGAAUGUGGGCGACGGCUUCAAGAUCCUGCAGCUCACAGCCACUGAUGCUGACCAGGGUCCCAACGCCCUGGUGACCUACACCAUCGUCAGCGGCGCCGACGACAGCUUCCGCAUCGACCCGGAGUCCGGAGACCUGAUGGCCACCAAGAAGCUGGACCGGGAACGACGCUCCAAGUACUCGCUGCUGGUGCGAGCCGACGACGGGCAGCAGUGGUCCGACAUGAGGCUGAACAUCACGGUGGAGGACGUCAACGACCACACCCCACACUUCUCACGCCCCACCUACUCCUUCCACAUCCCCGAGGACACGGCCCCAGGCGCCAUCGUGGCGGCCAUCCUGGCCAGCGACUCUGACGCGGGGGUGAACGGCGAGGUCACGUACUCUCUGGAGGAGGACGACGAGGACGGGACCUUCCUGCUGAACCCGGUCACCGGCGUCUUCAACGUGACGCGGCCGCUGGACCACGAGAGCCAGCAGUACUACAUCCUGACGGCCAAGGCGCUGGACGGCGGCGGGCGGGCCAGCACGGUCAGGGUGUACUUCAACGUGCUGGACGUCAACGACAACCCGCCCGCCUUCAACGCCAGCGUCUACAGCGCCUCCGUCACGGAGAGUCUGUCGCCGGGGUCGGCGGUGGUCACCGUGGGGGCCGCCGAUGCUGACCACGGUCCCAACGCACAACUUCUCUACAAGAUAGCGUCUGGCGAUCCCCAGGCCCACUUCCUCGUAUCCAAAGAGGGCGUCCUCCGGACCCGCAAGGCCUUGGACCGAGAGACGCAGUCCUUUUACAACCUGAUGGUCACCGUCAACGACCUGGCUCCGCCCCCGGCGACCCGCUUCACCAGCACCGCCCAGGUGUCGGUCAUCCUCCUGGACGUCAACGACUGCCCGCCGACGUUCACCUCCCAGAAGAGGACGUACGUCCAGGAGAACACGGCGGUGGACACGGUGGUCUUCACGGCGCAGGCCACGGAUGCCGACAGCGGGCCCAACAGCUACGUGGAGUACUCGCUCCGAGGGCCCUUGGGUAACAAGUUCAGCAUCGGUAACAUCGACGGCGACGUCCGGCUGAUGGGAGAACUGGACCGAGAGGAGCUGUCCAACUACACCCUGACUGUGGUGGCGAGCGAUAAAGGCACGCCGCCUCUGUCGUCCACCAUGGACGUCACCAUGCUGGUGCUGGACGUCAACGACAACACGCCGGGCUUCUCGCAGAACAUUUACGACACAGAGAUCCAGGAGGACACCCUGACCGGGACCGACAUCCUCCAGCUGUCUGCCAGCGACGCGGAUGAAGGCACCAACGGACAGAUCCGCUUCUCCGUCUCGGAGGGGAACGCCAACGGAGACUUCAGGGUGGACUCGGUCACGGGGAUGGUCUCGGUGGCCAAGCAGCUGGACCGUGAGGCCCGGGCGUCGUACUCGCUCACCGUCCAAGCUUCGGACCGCGGGAGCAGUCCCAGGGUGGACCGGGCGACAGUCAACAUCGUGGUGCUGGACGUCAAUGACUGCCCGCCCACGUUUGAGCUCUCUCCUUACGCCGUCAACGUCCAGGAGAACCUGGAGGAGCUACCAAGAAGCAUCCUGCAGGUGGUUGCUAGGGACGACGACCAAGGCGCCAACGGUCAGCUCAGCUACAUGCUCAGCGGCGGCAACGAGGACGGCGCCUUCAGCUUGUCGUCCGGCGGUCAGCUGAGUCUGACCCAGACUCUGGACCGCGAGGCCCGAGGGAAAUACGUCCUGCUGAUCACGGCCAGCGACUCUGGUUCUCCUCCUCUGAGCGGGACAGGGAGGGUGACGGUGCUGGUGGACGACAUGAACGACAACAUCCCGCUCUUCUCCUCCUCCUCCUUCCACACCACCAUCGCCGAGGACGCGCCCACCGGCACGGAUGUGAUGCUGGUCAACACUUCUGACGCCGACGUGGGCCUCAACGCGGUCAUCAGCUACAGUUUGAGCGGCGGCCACGGCCAGUUCUCCAUCAACCCAGCGACCGGACAGAUUAUCACCAGCUCCCUGCUGGACCGCGAAGAGCGAGCCAAUUACCAGCUGCUGGUGGUGGCGACAGACGGAGGGCAGCCGCAGGGCUUGUCCAGCUCAGCCACCGUGUCCGUGACGGUGGCCGACAUCAACGACAACCCGCCGCGCUUCCACCACCACCCCUAUGUCACGCACAUACCCGCCUCCACUGCGGCAGGGUCUUUGGUGUUUGCUGUUACCGUCACUGAUGAAGACUCCGGCGCCAACGCCCAGCUGCACUACUCCCUGCUCGGACGCAACUUUGACAAGUUCAAGAUCGACCCCGUGCGAGGUGCCAUCACCGCCAACGACAAGCUGACGGGGACCUCGGAGGUCACCCUCACGGUCCGCGUUAAAGACGGCGGAGCCAACCCUAAAACCGACACGACCACUGUGACCGUACGCUUUGUCAACGGAGGCAACUUUCCCGUCAUCAAGCUGAAGGAGCGCGCCUUCACCUUCCCUGAGAGCCAGCCCACCAACCACCAUGUCACCACCGUGACCGGCUCUUCCAGGAGGGGUGGGCCGCUGUCCUACUACAUCGCCAGCGGCAACCUGGACAACGCCUUUCACAUUGACCAGCUUUCGGGCGAGUUGAUCAUCCGACAUCCGCUGGAUUACGAACACAUCCAGAAAUACGUGCUGUGGAUCGAGGCCAGGGAUCAAGGCUUUCCCCCUUAUUCUUCUUAUGAGCGAGUGGACGUCAGCGUGCUGGACGUCAAUGACAAUCACCCAGUGUUUGACAAGGAUCCCUUCCAUGCUGACAUACUAGAGAACCUGUCCCCGCAGCGGGUUCUCAUGGUCUCUGCCGUGGAUCUCGAUGACGGACCUAACGGGCAACUGGAGUACGCCAUCAUGGAUGGAAACAAGGAGAACAGCUUUAGCAUUAGUCGAGCCACUGGUGAAAUACGAACCAGCAGGCCUCUUGAUCGUGAGAAGGUGGCCCAGUACACUUUGAAAGUCAAAGCCACCGACAGAGGGUUGCCGUCUAAAAACUCAGCUGUCAAAGUGCUGAUAAGUGUGCUUGAUGUAAACGACAAUGCGCCCAGGUUUUCUAAGAUCUUCAGCGCUACUGUGGCUGAGAACGCACCCGUGGGUUAUACUGUCACCAGAGUCACCACCACAGAUGAGGAUGCCGGCGCUAACGCUAUUAGUCGCUACUCGAUCACAGACACCGGCCUUCCGUUCAGCAUCAACGCAAACACAGGUGACAUAACGAUCAGUAGGCCCCUCAACCGGGAGGACACCAACCAUUACAUCAUCAAAGUGUCCGCCCAUGACUCCGGUUGGACAGUUAGCACAGAUGUCACAAUAUUCAUAACAGAUAUCAACGACAAUGCCCCGAGGUUUAGUCGCCCGUCGUACUACCUGGACUACCCUGAGCUGACAGAAGUGGGCUCCGUGGUCACACGGGUGUCAGCCACUGAUCCUGACGAGGGCUUUAAUGGCAAAAUAUUCUACUUUAUUCGCUCUCAGUCUGAGUACUUCAGAAUUAACGCCAGUUCAGGAGAAAUAUUUGUGAAGCAGCAGUUGAGGUAUCAGAAUUCGACAGGUGCUAGUAGCCUGAACAUCAACCGCCACAGUUUCAUUGUCACAGCCUCAGACCGAGGGCUCAAGCCUUUGAUGAGUGAGACAACAGUCAUUGUGAACAUUGUAGACAGUAACGAUAAUCCACCAGAGUUCGAUUUCCCGAGCUACUUUACUCCCGUCACAAAAAGUGUCAAGGUUGGUACCAGACUGGUAAGGGUCGUAGCUCACGACAAAAAAGACUUUGGCCUCAACUCUGAGGUUGAGUACUUGGUUACAGGAGGUAAUAGCUCGAGUAAAUUUAAAUUGGAUAAAAUGAGCGGGUGGAUAAGUGUUGCGUCGCCUCUCACGUCUGACGUAAAUAAGCUUUUCCUUAUGGUUAUCACAGCCAGCGACAAAGGAAACCCACCUUUGUCAGCAGAAACUGCAGUGCGAAUUGCAGUGACUGAGGAAAACCACCACACGCCUGAGUUCUCACAAAGCCAAAUCUCAGCAACAGUGCCUGAAAGCCUUGUUGUGGGGACAGCGAUAAGGACUCUAUCAGCCAGAGACAAGGAUAAAGAUAUGAACGGCCUCAUCAAGUACAAUAUCACAUCAGGCAACCACAAGGGGCUGUUUGCACUUAAUAACAAAACUGGCGUGUUAUUGCUAGCUCAGCCUUUGGAUUUCGAGGCGCAGCAACAACACGAGCUUAGAGUUUCUGCCACCGACGGUGGUUGGAUUGCAAAAAGCAGCUAUGUCACUGUCAUAAUCCAUGUGACUGAUGUGAACGACAACCCUCCGAUGUUUAAUCCAGAUGAGUACUUCCCCAUCGUUCAGGAGAACGUUCCGAGUGGCACCACUGUGGUCAAAAUGAACGCCACUGACGAGGAUUCAGGCGUUAACGCAGUCAUGGCCUACGUAAUACAAUCAUCAGACAGUGACCUCUUUGUUAUUGAUCCCAACACGGGGAUCAUUACCACACAGGGAUUCUUGGACUAUGAGGCUAAGCAGGUCUACCAUCUCACAGUUAAGGCUUUUAACGUUCCAGACGAGGAGCGCUGCAGCUUUGCCAACGUCAACAUCCAGCUAAAGGGAGCCAACGAAUACGUGCCCCGCUUUGUCUCCAAAGAAUACUAUUUUGAAAUAUCCGAAGCUGCUCCAAAGGGCACAGUGGUCGGAGAAGUUUUUGCCAGUGAUCGUGACCAAGGUGAGGAUGGAGUGGUUUACUACCUCAUUUUUGGGAAAAGCAGGAAGAAAGGCUUUGGGAUUAACAAGAAAACUGGCCAAAUUUAUGUCACGGGUGUGCUGGACCGUGAGAAGGAGGAGAAGAUUUCACUUAAAGUGUUGGCCAAAAAUGCUGGCGCAAUUCUCGGGGCGGAUAUCGAUGAGGUUUAUGUCAACAUCACAAUCCUCGAUGCCAACGAUCCUCCUGUCUUUUCCCAGGAGCUGUACGACGUACAGGUUAGUGAAGGUCUCUCACCAGGUGGUCUGGUUACCUUUGUGAGUGCCGAGGACUCAGACUCCGUACCAAGCUGGAGCAGAUUCUCAUACUCUGUUGCACCAGACUUUGAUAACAAGGUUUUCACAAUGAAUCCAAAGACUGGCCAAGUGUCUGUCGCAGCAGUGCUGGACAGAGAAACAACUCCUGUGUAUAAUCUGACACUGCUGGCUGUGGAUACUGGCACACCUCCUUCUACUGGAAGCGCCACACUGAUUGUGAACCUGGAAGAUAUCAAUGAUAACGGUCCAAGCUUGACAACCACGUAUGCUGAGGUGAUGGAGAACCAGAAAUCUGGCACAGCUGUCACUAUAUUAACAGCUUCCGAUCCAGAUUUACCGCCCAAUCAAGGACCUUACAUAUACAGCCUCCUCAGUUCUGGCUCUGCCAACAGUUAUUUCCACCUAAGUCCAGCUGGAGCGCUAACCACAAGUCGGGAGAUUGACAGAGAACAGAUUAGUGACUUCUAUCUCUCCGUCGUGAUCAAGGACUCUGGUGUACCUCAAAUGUCCUCCACAGGAACCAUUCACGUCAAAAUAAAUGACCAGAAUGACAACCCCUCAGAGCCGAGGUCAGUGGAAAUCUUUGUUCACUAUUUCGGAAAUAUAUUUUCUGGCGGUUCUUUGGGAAAUGUAAAACCCCAAGACCCUGACAUUCAAGAUAGGUUCCACUGUUCGCUAAUUCCAGCUUCCUCUGCUCUCUUUAACAUUCCUACUGGAACUUGUAAACUUAACUCAAAAGCCCGUUCGACAGAUGGAAACUUUGAAUUAACUAUACGAAGCAGUGACGGCGUCCACGGUCCAGUCAGCAAUACAGCCAGAGUCCUCUUCAUGGGCUUCACAAAUGCCACAGUAGAUAACAGCAUUCUGAUCCGUCUCCAAUCUCACGGCGUCAAAAACUUCCUCACCGACCACUACCUCAGCUUCUUACGCAUUUCCAACUCACAGCUGGCAGGACUCGGCACCGGAGUCCUGCUUUACGGCGUGUUUGAGCUCAACAACCAGACUUUCGUGACGGCAGCUAUUAAACGGGGCCACGGGCAGUACGUGAACCCCAGUGGUGUAGCCACCUUCUUUCAAAGCAUUAAAGACAUUUUGAAUAGACAGAGUGGAGUGCUAAUAGAUGCCGUGGACCACGAUCCCUGCACGCAUAACCCGUGCCAGAACGGGGGCAGCUGCAAGAGGCAUCUCACAGUUGGACCCGAUAUGAAGACAGAAGAAAGUGCCCCUGUAAUCCUUGUCGCCAACCACCCCUUCCAGCCGUACGCUUGCAGCUGCAGGCCAGGGUACGCCGGAGCUGUGUGUGAGACCGACAUCGACGAGUGCCAGCCGUCCCCUUGCCACAAUGGCGGCACCUGCCACAACCUGGUGGGGGGCUUCUCCUGCACCUGUCCUGAUGGUUUCACCGGCAUGGCCUGCGAGAGGGACAUCAACGAAUGCCAUUCCAAUCCUUGCAAGAACGGGGCGCUGUGCCAGAACUUCCCUGGCGGCUUCAACUGCCUCUGCAAAUCCGGAUUUGCAGGCAAAACAUGUGAUUCCAUCAUCAAUCACUGUGAGUGUAACCCAUGUUUUAAUGGCGGGUCCUGUCAGAACCGGGUGGACGGAUAUUACUGUCAUUGCCCAUUUGGGGUCUUCGGCAAACAUUGCGAACUGAACAGCUAUGGCUUCGAGGAGCUCUCCUACAUGGAGUUCCCAUCCCUGGACCCCAACAACAACUACAUCUACGUCAAGUUCGCCACCCUGAACAACAACGCCUUGCUCAUGUACAACCACGACAACCAGACCGGAGACAAGGCGGAGUUUUUGGCCCUGGAGAUCUUCGAGGGACGGAUGCGCUUCUCCUUCAACUUGGGAAGUGGAACGUACACAUUGAUGACUAUGAUUAAAGUGUCGGACGGCCAUUUCCACACGGUCAUCGCCAGGAGAGCCGGCAUGGCGGCGUCGCUGACGGUGGAUUUGUGUGGAGACAACCAGGAGGCAGGCUACUGUGCCGUCAGCAACGUGGCCGUGCACACCGACUGGAUUCUGGACGUGCAGCCCAACGGUCUGUGGGUGGGCGGCGUGGGGUCCUUGGAGUCCAUCCUCCAUGGACGCGGUCAGGUGGUCUCCCACGACUUUGUGGGCUGCAUCAUGGAGCUGGCCGUCAAUGGCCGCCCGCUGGAGCCCAGUCAGGCGCUGGCAUCGCGUGGCAUCCUUGACAGAUGUCCCAGGCUGGAGGGGGCGUGCACGGCCAGCCCCUGCAGACACGGGGGCACCUGUGUGGACCGCUGGUCGUGGCAGCAGUGCCAGUGUGUGGACGGCUUCACGGGAAAAUACUGCGAGAAAUACAUGACGGCGGACACGGCCUUGUCGCUGGACGGCAGCGGGCGCCUGGACUACUCCCUCAAGCAAGGCCCCAAGCGAGACGCCCUGCUGAGCCGCUGGCUGCAGGACUCUGACUCUGACCUGGUUAGUCCUGCACGUCUGGAGGUGAAGUUCAGGACUCGUGCAAAGAGCGGAACUCUGCUGCACGUCCAGGAGGGAAGCAACUACACCACCGUCAAGCUGAGGAAGGGCAACAUCCACUACGUGUCUGAGGCGGGUGCAGCUGGGAAGGUGGAGCGCAGCGUGGCUGAGGUGGUGAUGUCAGACGGUCGGUGGCACGUCUUGCUGCUCAUCAGGAACUCCUCCAACACUCUGCUCCUUCUGCUGGACCACACCCACUCUCGCCUCGUACACCACCACACUCACGACUUUGGAGGCCUCCACGUCACCACCUUGUCCCUGGGGGGGGUCCCGGGUGGAGCCGCUGCAGGUUUUGACGGCUGCUUGGCCUUCGUGAAAUACAACAACCACAACCUGCCUUUUGCCGGAGAACACAAUCUUGUCACCUUGACGCGGACCAGUCCGUCGGUCAAGAUGGGCUGCAGGGGUCCUGACCUGUGCGGGAGCGGCCCCUGCUGGGACGGCCUGAUGUGCAUCAACCAGUGGUACGCUUACCAGUGUGUGCCGCCAGGCGACUGCGCCUCCAACCCCUGUCAGAACCACGGGAGCUGCGUGCCCGAGCCCCAUUCCGGUUACUCCUGCGCCUGCUCCGAGUUCUACACCGGCAAGACCUGCGAGACCCUGGUGGCGUGCCUGGGUGUGCAGUGCCCACAAGGAACCACCUGCAAGACGGCCAACAACGGCGGCUUCAUCUGCAGUCCGAACCCCGUGACGGAGGCCAUGGUUCUGCCUAUUUGGGCGGUGCCCGCCAUCGUGGGGAGCUGUACCACCGUGCUGGCCUUGGUGGUGCUCGGUCUGAUCCUGUGCAACCACUGCAAAGGCCGCAACAAGACCAAAGUGCCAAAGGAGCCCAAGGAGAAGAAACCCAAGGAGAAGAAGAAAAAGAAGAAGAAAGGCAGCGAAAAUGUGGCCUUCGAUGACCCAGACAACAUCCCGCCUUACGGAGAUGACAUGACGGUGCGGAAGCAACCGGAAGGGAAUCCAAAGCCGGACAUCAUCGAGAGGGAGAACCCUUACCUGAUCUACGAUGAAUCCGACAUCCCUCACAACAACGAGGCCAUCCCCAGUGCCCCCUGCGCCCCCUGCAGUGGUCAGGAGGCGGACAUGGAGCACUACGACAUCGACAACGCCAGCAGCAUCGCUCCGUCUGAUGCCGACAUCAUUCAGCACUACAAGCAGUUCCGCAGCCACACGCCCAAGUUCUCCAUCCAGAGACACAGCCCGCUGGGUUUUGCCCGGCAGUCGCCCUUGCCCAUGGGCGCCACCAGCUACACCUACCAGCCGCAGUACCAACAAGCACUUAGAUCCACCCCCCUAAGCCACUCCCACUCGGCUUGCCCCACCCCUAACCCUCUUUCCAGGCACUCGCCGGCCCCCUUCGCCAAGCCCUCCUCCUUUUACAGAAACACUCCCACCAGGGAGCUCAACCUGGCCCGCCGCGAGGGCAGCCCCAACGACAUGUGCCAGCCACCGCCCAUGUUCAACUACGCCACCCGGCUGGGCAGGCGCAGUAAGAGCCCGCAGACCAUGGCCGGCCACGUGUCCCGCCCCGGCAGUCGGCUGAAGCAGCCCGUGGAGCAGAUCCCCUUGGAGACGGGACCCCCCGUGGGGCUCUCCAUCGAGGAGGUGGAGCGGCUCAACAACCCGCGCCCUCGCAACCCCAGCAUCUGCAGCGCCGACCACGGCCGCUCCAGCUCGGAAGAGGACUGCCGCCGGCCGCUCUCGCGCGUCCGCAACCCAGCCGACGGCAUCCCCGCGCCGGAGUCGUCCUCGGAGAGCGACUCGCACGACUCCUUCACCUGCUCCGAGAUGGAGUACGACCGAGACAAGCCCGUCUCUUACGGCUCCCGCGUGCCCAAGCUGUCGCAAGUCAACGAGUCGGACGCGGACGACGAGGAUUACGGCGGCAGACUCAAGCAGAGGCGCUACUCCAGCCGGCGGGCGGAGGGGAGUCCCGGCGUGGCCCAAUUCCCCCCCGGCGAGCAGCACAACACCCUGCCUCACAAAGUAGGUCCUCCGGGCGGGGGCUUCAACUGGGACAACCUUCUAAGCUGGGGUCCCGGGUUCGGACAUUACGUGGACGUGUUCAAGGACUUGGCCAUGCUGCCUGAGGACGCGUCGGCCAGAGACAUUGAGAUGAAAAGUGGCGAUGGCUCCGUCACUAUUCUCAACGAAGGAGAAGCCGAACAAUACGUGUGAGGAUAUUUAUUUGGAUGGACCUUCUGAGACGACUUGAAUGCAGUAAGGCGGCGCGGUGCCUUCCUUCCUUCCUUGCGACAGCUCCUCGCCAGCCUUUGGAAAGCAACAUGGCCGCUGCCUCCGUGCUGAUGAAUUGGUGGCCUGCUCCAAGAGCGAGGAUGGAGCACGCCUGCCUUACGGACAUUUGAGGAUGGCAGCACGGUCAACUUUGGUCACGUGACUUCCUUUCUUCACAGGCAGCGUGAAGGACCAGAGGACAAAAGAGAGACUGAAGGUGUGUAAAUUGUUGUUGAAGGCAUCGUUUGUCAUCAACGUCCUGCCUGGUCCAGCGACUUCCUUUUUUCUACUUUUAUUAACUUAAAACUACUUAAGCUGUCUUUUUACUCUUAUUUUCACAAGCCGAGAAGCAAAAGUGUUCUUACUUUCGGGGAAAGUGAAGGUUUAAAAAGCCUCUUUUGUGACAUCUCUUACGUGCGUCGUGUAACGUCCCCAUUUUACACUUUUUAUAAAACUAUAACAUGUUGUAUGCUUUCUACCUGGAAAAGACAAUUACAGAAUAAAAAUAUUUAUUUAAA